CCCCCCCCUCUCUCUCUCAAACACAAAUGGAUAUUGAACAAAGAACACCAAUGAUAGCCAAGAAGCUAUGGGGAAUAAUAAGAGCAAUUCUCUACAUGGUGAAAAAAAACUUAUCAAAAACCAUACCAUGGUUUGAAUUCCACAUGAUGCUAAAAAGAUCAACAAAGCUCGCCGGAAAAGCCAUCGGAAACCUCCUCCUAGACCACCAAACCCUCUCCUCCGCCCUCACAUGCCGCCCAAACAACAUCCGCACCACCUUCAUUACCCCGGUUGAAUACGAAUUCAGUUGUAGCAACACCCCUUUGUUCCACCACAAACGUAAAAACAACCGUCACCGUUACGCGGCCAGUAACAGUGGUUUACACAGUUAUCGGUCGCGUAACAGCCAGGAACUGACCGUUGGUGACGUCAGAAAAGUUUUUGAUAUUUUAAACAAUUAUGAGUCAGAGUCAGCGUCAGCCGAGACUGAAAAGACCUUUCAGAGUUUUCAGUCUCCACUGACGCUGCUUGGGCUCGGAAUGAGCCCGAAUGUACGGCGGCUCCGCGUGACGGACUCGCCGUUUCCGGUGAAUGGUACGGAGGAUGAGGGUGGCCGGCAGGUGGAUGUGGCUGCGGAGGAGUUUAUUAAGAAUUUUUAUAAGGAGUUGAAGUUGGAAAAAAAUAGAGCCACCGUGGAACCACCGUCGCCGUUAUUGUAUCGGAAGUGGGGUCAGGUUCGAUGAUUUGUCUUGGUGUUUUGUUUGGGGAUUAUGUUAUGUGUUGUGUUACACUUUUUAUUUUUUGAAGUUUAUGAUUAUUUUAAAUAAUGAAAGAUUUGAUUUUCUUUUCGGGUAAAUCUAUUGUAUAGUUUGUGUGUAUGUAUGAAUAGUGCAUGUGAUUACAUAACAAAAUGGGUUUUUUUUCCUUGUAGCUCUA